AUGUCCGCUUCUUUUACAACUUGCUACGGAUGUGGGCCGUGCCGGCCAAGAUGGAUGAAACUGGUUGAUAAUUUGUACUCUGGAAACCCUCAGGAUAAUAGCAGUCACAGCAAAUUGACUUAUUUUUGUUCAAGGAAGCCAGAAAAAGUUGAUAGAAUUGCAAACUAUCUCUACCGUCGCAUGGCGAAUGAUCUUCAUAGGCGAAAUUAUCCAUAUGUAAAAAUUGCAAUCGAGGCUAUCAACUCUUUAAUUAAUGCUUGUCGUGAUCAAAGGUUAAAUCUUCUUGUUGUCAGUUUUCUAAAAAUGAUUCAACUUCUUCUCGAAAGCAAUAAGCCUGAUCUACAAAUUUUAGGAACAGAUUCUUUUAUUAAAUUUUCUCAAAUAGAAGAAGAUACUCCUAAUUAUCAUAGGCAAUACGACGAUUUAGUGGACCACUUUUCCAAAAUGUCACACUGUUCAUUACCUGAACGUGAACUGAGCAACCGGAUCCGAGUUUCUGGGAUUAUUGGCAUCCAAGGCGUUAUUCGCAAAACUGCUCGAGACCAACUUCAAAUUGACAUUCUACAAAGCUCCAGUAUGGAUAAAAUUAUUCCUUCGCUGCUGUUCAAUAUUCACGAAAACCCUCCCCUAGAUACUCGUGUUCCAGACGAUUCUCACUUUGAUCCUGCUAGAGAAGCUAUGUUUGUUUUCAAAGACAUUGUAUGUCGUGCUUCCUACACGAAUAUUAAGCCAGUCGUGACUUCCAUCCUUACGUAA